UAGAUGUGACCUCUUUUCACCUCGUUGUGUUCUCAUUCGCAAUUUUAAUUUCGUCCAGUGGUGUUUCAAUAAAACAACACGGAUAUUUUGUGAGUGUGUUGAGACAAUGGUGUAUCGAUUAUUUUGCGCUAACGAAAUGUCAUCCCGGUGCCGUAGUGUUAAUAUUAGAAGUCUAUGUUUGUGAUCAUUGAGAAGUAUUAUCUAGGCAUCUACGCGUCUCUGAUUGAGCUAGUUUUUUAUAGCAUUGGUGACUGAAAUUGUGACAAAAUAAGAAUAAUACAGAAAAUGUUUUUUUUUAUUCAAUCAAACAUGUUUCACAUCGCGAGGAAAUUAUGCAAAAUUUAUUUUAGUAACAUAAAAUUUUAAGUUACCAAAUACAACAAGAAAACUCGCGCUCGGUGACACGAAGUGAAGUGACUUUUCGAAGCAGGUGGAAAAAAUAAAGAAAUAAAAAUGGCCAACCCAAACCGUGAAAGUGUAAGUACAAGAUUUUCCGAUAAUUACGAACUGAAGGAAGAGCUAGGCAAAGGGGCUUUUUCAAUAGUGAGACGUGCCGUUCAAAAAUCUACGGGAUAUGAAUUCGCAGCCAAAAUUAUCAAUACCAAAAAACUGUCGGCGAGGGAUUUUCAAAAAUUAGAACGUGAGGCAAGAAUUUGUCGGAAACUUCAGCACCCUAAUAUCGUUCGACUUCAUGAUUCAAUUCAAGAAGAGCAUUUUCACUACCUUGUGUUUGACUUAGUUACUGGUGGAGAAUUAUUCGAAGACAUUGUAGCCCGAGAAUUCUAUUCUGAAGCGGAUGCAUCUCAUUGUAUUCAACAAAUAUUAGAAUCAGUCCACCACUGCCAUCACAAUGGAGUCGUCCAUAGAGACUUAAAACCAGAGAAUCUUCUGCUCGCGAGUAAAGCUAAAGGUGCUGCCGUAAAAUUAGCUGAUUUUGGAUUAGCAAUUGAAGUACAGGGCGACCAACAGGCUUGGUUUGGAUUCGCAGGGACACCAGGGUAUUUGUCACCAGAAGUCUUAAAAAAGGAACCGUACGGAAAGCCGGUAGAUAUUUGGGCAUGCGGUGUGAUUUUAUAUAUUUUGUUAGUUGGAUACCCCCCCUUUUGGGACGAAGACCAGCAUCGGUUAUAUGGCCAAAUUAAAGCUGGUGCUUAUGAUUAUCCCUCUCCUGAAUGGGAUACAGUUACACCAGAGGCUAAAAGCCUGAUCAAUCAGAUGCUGACAGUCAAUCCUAGCAAAAGGAUAACCGCUUCCGAAGCCUUGACGCACCCCUGGAUCUGCCACCGCGAGCGUGUGGCAUCUAUGAUGCAUCGACAGGAAACGGUGGAUUGCUUGAAGAAAUUCAACGCGCGCCGCAAGUUGAAGGGUGCUAUUUUAACAACUAUGCUUGCAACGCGCAACUUCUCUGGAAAAUCUAUGGUUAAUAAGAAGGGCGAUGGAUCUCAAGUAAAAGAGUCGACUGAUAGUAGUACAACUUUGGAGGACGAGGAUCUAGAUAAGGAUAAGAAAGGAGUAGAUAGAGCGUGUACAGUAAUAUCUAAAGAGCACGACGAAGAGGGUCUCACAAAAGCCGAUUCAUUCGGGAAAGCUCGCAACGAUAGCAACGCCUCACUGCGUCGCGCUGAAGUUAUAAAAAUGACAGAAUUACUGAUCGAUUCGAUCAAUAACGGCGAUUACGAGACGUAUUCCAAGUUAUGUGAUCCUAAUGUGACCGCUUUCGAUCCCGACGCUCUGGGAAAUCUAGUUGAAGGUGUGGAAUUUCACAAAUUCUUCAUUUACAACACGCCUACUCACGUGAAGACGAAUACUACGAUCCUAAAUCCUAGAGUACACUUGCUCGGAGACGACGUGGCUGUCAUCGCGUACGUAUGUAUCACGCAGAGUGUGGAUGCUGGGGGCCGACGAUCUACUCAUCAGUCGCAAGAGACUCGCAUUUGGCACAAACGUUACAACAAGUGGAUAGCGGUUCAUUUUCAUCGUUCCUAACUAGUCUCUUAUUUAAAUAACUGCAUACCGCCGAAGGAUAUUGGUCUUAUAAAUACAGAUUUAUAUAAUGGUAGUGCUAUCGAUUCCAUUAUAACUUCUCACAACUAAAUAAUGACCAAGAUUCAGAAAAUCCCAUGGCUGGAAGAGAUUUUAUUGUAUAAUCCAGUUCUGCUAAAACUUACACGAAUUUUAUUAGUGAUUCUUUGUAAUCUCAAGGAAGAAAACUUCUCAAUAUAAGUAAUCCAUCAAAUACCUACUUUUAAGAAAUUUAAUGCUAUUUCUUAUGCUGUAUUAGUGAAGGUCCUAUAAAAGUGUGGCUGAAAUGUGAUACCGUUGAAAUAUCCAAUGCUUAUGCUAGUUAUAGUAGUGUAAUAUUAUUAUAACAAAACUGAUCUCUGCCACAAUCGAAAGUCGUCAACGAAAGGAAGAAUUUGCCGUUGGUUAUCAACGAGUCUAGAUAAUUCCAAAGAAUAUCAGAUCUGAUCCUAAUGAAUCUUACCAAUGUAAUUAACUACCUAUUUAAUAACAACAAAAAGUUUGAGAUUUAGAAUUAUUAGCACACUUCUCAAAAAGUCUCUCUACAUUUUUAAAUAUUGAAUGUUUUGUCGUGCUUAAAA